GGCAGGGUCGCCGAGAAAUUGAGACCUACGAACUCGAGACUCUUGAGCGAGCCAACCGCGCCAACCAACAUUGUCACCCCAGUAUCCUCGCUGCUAUGCGCGCCUAACCGCGUUGUCCAGCCUUAGCUUUCGGCAUCCCAUCCAUGCCUGGGGAAAGCCCAUCAGGCACGCCACCGGGAGGAAUGCUAUGCGCACAUUUCCAUGUUCCUGUGAGGUCGAUUCCGAGUCUUACUUCGCCAAUCCCUCUACAUCCUUCAUCUACAUCCUCCAGUAUGUAUUACAAACGCGCUGGUGCACCGGAGUUGAUUCCGGACGGCGACACUAUCGAGGCACUGCUCGGUGAGCCCAAUGACAGCAACCGUUGGACAAGAAGUAUCAAGACAUGGGGCGAACUCAACUUGACUGGACACCUGAAAACAGGUCUCGUCACGUUCGGCAAGCGCCAAGCGGUUAUUCAAGGUGGCCCGUUCGCCUACUAUCUCUAUUGGGCCGGGAAUGUCGGCCAUCUGCACGAUGAUCGAGUGUCUGAGCCGCUCGGUCCUAUCUGCGACAAACUCAUCCACAGCAACGCGGCACGUACUGAUGAAAUUGAGCGUAUCGGCCAGCUGCUAGAACAGACCAUCUUCAAAGAUUUGACCACGUUCGGUCAAUAAUUCAUCAACGAUGGGAAUUACUCCACCUUCAAGAUGAAAAGGAGGAGAUGGUCGUCAUCUCCGAGCUUAGCUUAAAGUCCGUCAGGGUCCUGUACGCCAAGGACUUGGACAAGAAUAACCGAGGCUCUUACGACAAAGCGACGAGAUCGAAGCUUUCUGAAGAGAAAUUCCAGAGUGAUUUGAUUGAGGAUGACAUGUCAAUGUAACACAGCAAUACUUCACUGCCUCCCUCAUGCACGCUUUGAAUAGCGACAUGGCUGUGACAAGUGCACGACGAAAUAUCUUCUAGACGAGGGACGCGAGGUGCAAUCGUUCGGAAGGCCUGGUUUUCCCGCUGGAAUUUUCCCCAAGGCUCUUGAAGGCUGUGUUUGAGAACGUUAGCCAGGCGGUGCAGAAGAUAUGUGUCAUGAGGAGGCCAAGAGGGCUCUCUGCUUGGGCGAGAGGGCCAGCAUGUUGUGUACAUCAAG